CCAUUUAUUAGGUCAUAAAAUGAACAAUCAGUAUCCAGUAGUGAUGUUGUUAGUCUGUGAGUGAGAUACCUGGAUAAACUGAAGUAAACAAGGAUAUUGUUCAUUCACACAGGGCGUACAGGUGAACUACUGUAAGGCGAUUCCAUUAUUAUCCUUUUAUCGAGGCAAUUUUCAAAGGGAACAUUGGCAUUUAUCAGAUUAUCCAGUGAUUCAUUAUUAUUGGCUGCAGUUGUAGUGGGUAGUAUGUGUGUUGUUUGAAAGUUAGGACAUGGGGAAGACAUGCAAGAUUGUAGUGUGUGGAGGUGCAUCUGUUGGCAAGACCUCCCUACUUCAGCAAGCUCUGUAUGGCAAAGUAGAGACUCCACCAUUUCAGACAAUUGAAGAUAUUCAUGUUGCAGUCAUUGACACGGACAGAGGUGUAAAAGAGAAAGUUCGUUUUUACGACACUAAAGGUUUGAAUCCCUCAACAAAUCAAGAAUUACCAAAGCACUAUAUAUCAAUGGCAGAUGGGUUUAUUUUGGUAUUUAGUCUUGGCAACCUUGAUUCAUUCCAUCAGAUUGAGCAGCUGAGGAAGAGUAUCAGUAAAACUCGAGAUUUUAAAGAUAAGGUGUGCAUGGUAGCGCUUGGCAAUAAGUCGGACUUGGUUGAAGAAAGACAAGUUAGUGCUGAAUCUGUAAAAGCAUGGGAAAAGAAACAAAAAAAUGUGCGGACCUACGAAGUUUCAUCGACUGACCGGAAUAGUUUAGCCGAACCACUCAUCUACCUGACAUCUAGGUUAACGCAACCUCCAGCAAAGUCAUCAUUUCUCAGUGGUGGGAAAAAAAGCAAAUCUGUGGAGCCAUAGUAAGACAUUUGGGGUGAAAUUCUGUUGAAAUAUUCAUGCAAGGUCCUACCAAUAAAGAAAGAAAGAUACUCUUUAUUUUAUAUAGCUACUGGACGAAUAAGUUUACCAAUCAACUUCGGCUAAAACGUUAUCAUGGAAAAGCAAAUAAAGAAUAUACAUGUCUACAUCAACCAAUUGAAAGAAGACAAAUUAUUGGAGAGUUAAAGAAAUAAGGAAUCUAGGUUCAAUAAGCGUAUGUUAGACACCAUGACAGGCAAUCCAUGUGUCUGAGGUAACACGUCACAAUUUGGAAUUAUAGAAUUUCCUUCAACAAUGGCUGUACACUCUUUACUCUGAGAUUCGUUUGUAAAAAUCUAAUUAGUGGGUAAGAGUUUGUUGACCUAUGUUAUUAUAUUAAUUUCAUCAUCUUGUGAUUCGCACUAAGACCUAUCAAUCAAUCAGUCAUAUUUCUGAUUGACAGUAACGCAAAGAGAAAGUACCGUUAUAGCUUACCAAAUCACGCAACAGGGAAAAGCAUUCUAAACACAUACCCUUACAUGGCCUCUAUCAACAUAUGGGGAAAAAAUCGGGGGAAAGGAAGGCGAAGAAAUGUUUAGAGGAGUGUAGAGAGUGACAGAGUUGAGAGAGCAGCCGGAAAGAGAGAAGGAUAGAGUGGUAAGAGCAGCCGAGAAAAUAGAGAGGGGACGAGAAGCCAACAAGAGAGUGUUUGCAAGGCUUGUGUAUGCACACAAUGUUAUCUAUGUUUUCACAAUUUUAUCUAUGUUUUAACUCCUUUGACAUAGUUUCACUCAUGUAUUGAUUUUGAUACUUAGAAGCAUUUGGUUAUCAAAUGUCUACUGGUACAGAAGAUGGUUCUGAUAGGGAACGUAUCAUUACUGUAAGGUCUGUAGAUGGUCUAGUUUAACCAUAGAGAUAUUAUUUCUAAUAAUAGGUCUGUAAUUCAACAUUUCAGCCCCUUGAAACAGGUAGAAGAUGUAGUGGAAAAGAUAAAGUUCGUCGGCAAAGCUGUUUUUUCUUAAAAAGUAUACUGGUUUAGAGUUUAGAGGAACAAACAGGGAAAUUAGAGGAACAAACAUGGAAGGAUGUGACAUACAAUUUUGAAAUUUAAUGAACUUUGAACCUUGUAUGUGUUGCCCCUGUCCCCUUUCAGUCAGGAUAGUGGAAAUAUUGGAGUAUAAUAUUAAGUUUAUCCAUAAAUAUAUUUUAAUAUGCUAGGCAUUUAAGUUGCUGAAAAUUAUAUCAUAGGUUUAAUAUUGCUGUUCAGAAAUUUAAUAAGGUAGGGAAAGGAAAGUGAUUAUAAUAUAUAUAUUUAUAGCACAGAUGCACCUCAUGCUUUACCAAAGAACUUAAAAACAACAACAAAAAAUUAAUGCUUAGGUACAACUACAUUCCAGAGUAUUUCCGAACUUUUGUAUCUAAUACAUCAGCAAUUUAUUUAUAUGACCAGAGAAAUUACAGUAUGUACCUUAACGGUCUUGCCCAGAUAUUUAGAAAAGAUGUAGCAAAUCUCAUUUAAGACUUUUUGUUAUCUUGUGAAUCUCAUUUAAGACCUAAGGAUUUGAGUUUAGAGUAUACAAACAGACACUAAUGAAAAAUUAGUGCACUUUGGGGAUAGGAAAAUAACAUUGGGAGUUACAGUUAUGACAUCCCGAUUGAGUCAUAAAAAUAAUUAUCAGGUCGUGAUUUGGUGGUGAUGAUGGCGUAAUUUGGUUCUUGGUUUUGGUAUGGCCAUGGAGGAAAUAUAUUAAGACUAUGAUGCCUUUUUCCACUACUAUUUUCACUUGACUCUCAUUAAUAACAUUAUAAGCAAUACAAUAAAAAUAUGACAGCUUGAUGUUAUAAUACAUUUGUUAUUUUACUUGUUUCAUGAUGUAAUGCAUUAUUUAGUACCAGUGGCAUAACAAAGAGGGCUGUAGCCCCUGGCUAAGGCUUCUGUGGGCUGGGGUUGGGUAGGGAGUGUGUUAUUGGGCCAAGUCUCCACGUGCUUAUGAAGUUUUAAUGGUGUAUUUUGAUUUUGUAUGCGGUAUGCUCUUGAGGGGCCAUGCUUGGACGAUUUGAGGCACAUGUACUUAGUCCACAAAUAUUCCAGGGCCCUUAUGGUUUGGAUUCCCUAGCUUUUGCCAGUGACAAUUCAUUGGUGUUACGCUACUGAUUAGUAAUUUGAAGAUAAAUUAAUUUGAAAGAGUAUAACUUAAAUAGUAACAAUUUAUGAUAUAAGUUAAGCAAUUGUUAAGAUAUUGUAAUAUUUAAAAGUACCUCGUAGUAAACAAUUGAAAAUAUAAUCUUUGCAUCUUAGAUUUUUUUUUUAAUUGAGUUUAAUGAAAUUAUUUAUCUAUUAUCUUACUGUAUUGUUUAUGAUAUACAAUCUAUAUUAUCUUCAGUCAGCUGGAAUCUGACUUUUUAGUGUAUAAAUUGAAGAGGUCCUUAUUAAUCGAGGAUGCUCUUAUAUAGAGCAGGUUUGUGGCGUAAACGUGCCUGAAUUUUAAUAAUGAGAUAAUGAUAAUUGAGAAUGCUUUAAGCAUCUUUGUUUUGAUAUAUGAUUAUGUUGUAUUUAGGAAAAGUUAAUAACAACACAAGUUUAUAGUUUGUAGUUUUAUCAGUAAUAUUAUAAUAUGAAAUUUAAAAUAUGAGAAUUGGUUUAGCAAGAGUAUCAGAAUUUUAGAUAAAAUGUAUUUCAAAGUUUUAUCUCAAUAUUAACAAAAGUAGAAAUCUCCGACCAAUCUGCAUUCCAGACAUUGAAUUCCCUCCAGCUGCAUAGUUGCUAUGGCAAUAGUUAGCGUGUAGUGUAUGUAUAUAAAAAUAUAUAAUUCAUUCGUGCCUGAUAACAAUUUUUCUAAUUGUUGAUGAUAUAUUUUCUACAUUUUCCACACAUUUUUGCACUGAUAUGUGAUGCUAGUCUAACUUGUAUUUCUCAAUUUGUGAUGUUUGUUGAAGUUGGAAAUCUUACAUGCCAUAUUAUUUUAAAUUCUACAAUGGUGGUGUUCAUGCUUGUUCAGGUAAUAGUUGUGUAUUAAAUUAAGUUAUACGCAUUGCACAACCAAUCGCAAAAUGGAUAAGCCGAAUUACAAAUUUUCAACAAAGUAUGCAUGAAGUUUGUUUCAACACUUAAAAUAGUGAUAAAAGAAUACCACUGUAUUUUUCUCAUAAUUGAAAUUUAAUAGCAAUUAAAAAUAUCAGUCAAAUGAGGUGAAAUGAAUUAUUGCUGCCCUCAUUCUCUUAUAUAAUCACAUUUAGAUCAGUGAUUACACUUGAUUGUGAAGAGUAUAAAAUAAUGUAUUGGUAUAAUGUUAUUAUGUUUUAUGUAUUUGAAGAGAAAAUUUGAUUAUGAUAUUUUGAAUAUUCCUCUGUCUGUCAUAUCAACCUGUUUUCGAAUUGAGUUGUCAAAAUAUGUUACAAAUGCGGAGUUUAGUAGUUUCAAGAUUUGAACUUAAACCAUCAGUGUCUCAGUGAGGUGAUUCCCAACAUCAACCAUCAAUUGCUUGUCAUCAAAAUAAGACAACAAUUAUUUUGAAUUACAAUAUAUGGAGUUUUUUAAUUAAAAAUUGGUCAUCAUCACAAAACUUUCUGUGUAUACAUUUUUAUAAAGCUGCAUUUACUAAUUUUAUGUGGUGAUUGGAGAUAAUUGUUUCCGGCUGAUCAUUCCCACAAUAUCUCCAUGUUAAUAAGAAUCGACCUAUUGCCUCCUUUCCAUAAUGUGUUUCGAAGUGGUAAUUUUACCCAUUUAUUGUUGAAAAGACAAGCUAAACCAGUCACUCGUUGCAAAUUUUGGAAAUCUAUUUUAUUGCAAUAAACUAAACUUUAGAUAUAUACACAUCGUGCUAUGCUGUUUUCUUCCCCAUUUUCAAUGUUAAAACAACGAUUUUUAACAAUUUAAUGAUGGUUUCUAAGAAAUGCCCGAAGUCAUAGGCCUAAACUUUGAAGGCUGAUUUCUCAAAUAUUGUACUUUAAACAGCUGUAUGUUUAAACUCGUAUAACUUCAUAACAAAUUGUUGGAUUUAAAUGAUUCUUUUACCAUUUUAUAGCUCUCAUUUUACUGUGCAACAACUGUAUUAAUAACUAAAAAUCAAUUUUUGCGGCGAGUGACUUUAGUGUUUUGACAAAUACAUCAACUGAAAUGAAGGUUUGAAAAUGCCUAAUGCAUUCCAUCACGUCUUUUUGGUAAACAAUAAGAUCAAAAUAAUAACCCAGCAAUAUCAUAAACCUGUAAUUAUGAGAGUAUGUAGAUUUUUAGAUUUUAUAAUAUUUUAAUUAACAAUUAAGCUUUAAUUAAUUAUUGCAAUCACCAGUACUUUUGAAUGGUUUUGUUUUCACUUGCCCAAGAUUUAAUUGAAUAGUAGAAAAAUAGUGCACUUACAUGAAAUAAGUAAUAAAGAAAAUUGUAACUAACAA